UCCUGGAAUAAGGGAAAGCCACGCCGAACUCGAUCGGCUCGGCUAUUCCUCGAAUGCGGGUGCUGCUUCACAUGUACCUCCAGGUGCGCAAGCAUGGCGGAAGCGUGCCGGAUCUUCGAGGGCGUCGCUCGUUCUGAGAGCGGUAAGGAAUAUCUAGCUCUAGAGAUAUUUCACCGCAUGCGCGCUGAGGGAUGUGCCCCGGAUUCGCCGAGCUUUGUCGCAGCGGUCAAGGCGUGCUCCAAUCUGGCGGCCAAGGAGGAGAGGCUCGAAUUUUCGCCCGAGAUCCGUCUAUUUGCACACUCAAGCUGACAGCUCGCGGAGUCUUUGAGGGAUUCUCCUGCCAAACGUUGUGUCGUGGACGAGUUUGAUCCUGGGGCACGAGCUGCCAAACUUGUGAUCGAAUGGGACUGUACAGUACGUCCUGAAUGGUGAGAACAAGAUGGUCAAGCGUUUUGCGGUGCUCAAGACCUUCGGCAGCUUGGCAGCGAGAACAAAAGGCUUUUCCAGGUGUUUAGAUCGUUUUGCUCGCAAGUUGUGAGCAGCGGCUUCGAGUCUGAUGUGUUCGUUGCCACCGCCAUGGCUGGCAACAUGGUGGAGGCCCGCAGAGUUUUCGAAGGAAUGGCCCGUCGAGACGUUGUCUCCUGGACGACAAUCAUACUGGGACACGCUCAAAACGGUGAAGCCGAGGUGGCCUAGGAUUUCUUCUCAAGGAUGCAGUCGGAUGGAGGGUGUGUAGCGCACGCCAAGGUUUUUGUUGCUGCAAUCCUGGCGUGCGCGAUACGCAAGAGCCGUUCCAGCGAAUCGAUGGGACGCUGGUGAAGCUCCGAGCUUUGGAGAAAGGGAUGGAAGUUCACAGCAGAGCAGCAAAGCACGGUUUUGAUUCAAGAGACGUGUUCGUGGGAAGCAGUUUGGCCGAUCUUUACGGCAGCUUGGUGGAUGCUCGACGAGUUUUCAACGGAAUGCCAUCACAGGACGUGGUUCCAUGGACGGCAUUUGUCCUGGCAUACGUAGAAAACGGGGAAGCCGAGACCGGGCUGGAACUGUUUGGACAGGAAGGCUGCGUUCCCGGUUGGCCGGAUUGAAAGCCUGUACUUGGCUGGCAGCACUACAGACAGGGAGACAAAUUCGCACUCAAGUCUGUGAGAGCGGCCUUGAGAGAAACUUGAGUUCCCUGGUGGACUUCUAUUGCGAGUGUGGGAGAAUGGGUGAAGCACGACAGGAUACAGUCGCCAAGGCCAGACAGAGAGCGCUAUCGACUUCUUCAACCUCAAGCAAGACAGAGGCCUCCGUCCAGAUGCCAUCACUUUCACGUUUAUCCUCGCCGCUUGCAGCCAUGCCGGCCUGGUUGACAAGGGAAAGGAGUACUUCGAGCUCAAGCACUACCGGAGGGUGGUGAGGCUGGAUGAGAGGCAUGGCGCGGCCUUAUCCAUGGCAAAUAUCUAUUGGAGUCUCA